AGAGUAGGUAGCUGUCGUGGCAGGAAAGACCUCUUCCCCUCUUCCUCUUUGGGGGACAGGGGAUGUGGCUCCGAGUGUCAGGAUAUCAAUGGAUAUUAUAAAGGGGAACUUAGAUGGAAUUUCAAAACCAGCCUCAAAUUCAAGAACACGUCCUGGGAGCAGAUGUUCAAAUGCUUCUUUGGAGGUGCUGUCACCAGAGCCAAUAUCCUUUAAGAUUGAUACUGCAAUCAAGUUGAACUCUGAUAAAGAGGGCCUCUCAGAAAGCAGUAAUACAGAGGGGAGUAGAAACAGUAAAGAUGAUAAAGGGGAAAACUACUCUGAGAAUAUAAACCUGGCUGAAGAGGGGUCAGAUGAAGAUUUGAACUUUGUUCAACAUCAGACAAUCUCUAAAUGUUCAGAUGAACCUGAAUUAGAAGAAUUAGAUUGUAAACUUCAAGAUGCUAUUCAGAAGAUGAACAGGCUUGAUAAAAUAUUGUUGAAGAGACAAGAUAGAGAAAAAGAAGUUAAGAAGCAAGGUCUAGAAAUGAGAGUAAAGCUAUGGGAAGACCUUAAGUCUGCAGAAAAUAGUGAAGCUUUGCCAAGUAAUGAAGAAAUAGAAAAUACAAAAAAGUUUUUAGCUUUGUCUACUACAUCAGAAGAAACUGUUGAUCCUUCUCGCUAUGAGCAUGAAGACACCUUUUUCUCAGUGUUUCAUACUCAGGUCCCUCCAGAAGACUAUGAAAACCAUAUACAGAAUGAUAAUCAAGAUUUUACCUGUGAUGUAGAAAGAAGUAAGUCAUUGAUCAAAGCAGAAAAGAGACUCUUCUCACAUGCAGAAAAGACUGAACUCAGGGGUAAACACAGCCAGGAUUUUAUUAAGCGAAACAUUGAGUUGGCCAAGAAUUCAGGAAAACCAGUGGUUAUGAUUGACACAGAGAAGAAAAGGCUGAUUGAACUUUUGAAGGACUUAGAUGACAGAGAUUCAGGACUGUCCAGUUCUGAGGGUGAGCAGUCUGGCUGGCUGGCCCCAGGUGAAGGAUACACACUUGCAGUCACCCAGCAUCAGCAGCUUGCUGAAAUCGAGACAAAACUCCAAGAACUUUCUGCAGCCUCCCCAGCAACAACCAGCUUUUCUCCAAGACUUGAACAUCAGAACGAGCAGGAACCUGACCUUAAUGUUGAUGAUAGAAAUAUGGAAAUAACUCCAGGGGAGAAGGUACUCCGGAACACCAAAGAGCAGCGGAAUGAGCAAAAUCGGCUUAGAGAGAUAGAUGAGAAGCUGAGAAAGAUGAAGGAAAAUGUAUUAGAUUCAACAUCACUUCUCUCUGAGGAACAGUUAAGGCGUCUUCUGGAUGAAUGCACCACCUUCAGACAAAAACCCAUGACUGGACCUUCUUCAGAAAGAGAAAAGAAAGACACUGAAGAUAUACCACCUGAGUGCCCCCAGCUUUCCAGAUCUGUCCUCUCUGAGUUACUAAUCGAGUCAGAAACAAAGGUCAACAGCAGUGAGGCAGGAGAAGCAAAUGUGCUGGAGAACGCAGAAGCGGAGACAGCCACGGGCAGCUAUCUCAGCAAAGCCUUGGCUGGACGUGACGUGUCACAGGCUCUUUUUGCUGAGGCUGAAAAUAUGAAAUGCAUACAGUUUUCCACGGAUGAGGUUAUUAGUGACACAGAGGACUAUUUCAUGUCGAAGACUCUUGGAAUUGGAAGACUGAGAAGGCCUUCUUUUUUGAAUGAUCCACUGUAUGGCAUUGAUGUGAGCCUUUUAUCUGAGGACCAGCAUCUGAAACUCAGCCCUUCAGAGGAACCAAAAACAGAUGACCAGGAGGCUGACGAAAGGACAGAAGAAUAUAAAGAAUCUUAA